AUGGCGAUUUUGGAGGGCGCACUUGUGGAAGCUCUCCAUCAACAAAGCUUCCACUCUUCUGGGUUCUUCUCUGCCUCAGCUGCCGCCGCAUCAGCCGCCGCUACCAUCGUUGCUGGAACCCCUUUUGCCUCCAGGUUCCUUUUUGGUAAUCCCAAGGUUUCUCAUUGUGAUGCUGCUGCGGCAUUCCCUGAAGAUUACCUUUCAAAUGUACAAAGAUUAUCUGAAGAUAUUGUUAAGAAUGUUAAGAACUUAAAAAAUGAUGCUCUCAAAUACGCUGUGAAGGAGUAUGAGGUUGAAUUGAAGCCUCUUUAUUCAGCUUUUGAGUUGAGGCCAUUUGCUAUGACAACUUUGAGGUCAUUUCUGAUGUUCUAUUUGCCUCUGUUGGAGCCUGCCACAAAUGUAGAAGAAGAUGAUGAAGAUUUCCUGCAGGACACUAAAGAACAACAUGUGGAUUUAGUUGUUCCCUUUAAAAAGUCGGUGAAGCAAAUAAUCCAUGGGAUUGCUUGA